UUCCUCGGUGUAAAAAUGGUGUGCAAAGAGUCUAAUAAAAACAGCGUUGCGCGACUGGAACACUUUAAUUAUACCAUGAUUCUCGAGACUAAAUGUACCACAGAAGGUAGAACGGUAAAAAGAAAAUCGGAGCUCGUGUGCGAUAUCAUUCUGGACAGGAUCAAAAAGAAAACGCGCCAAGCACUGUGCUACUGCGGUCAAAGCUGCCGGAAAAUCCCUGACGCCCUCUGCAAAUUGUACGGGCCAAAAGUACACAGUCUCGACCUCAGCUACAACGAGCUGAUCACGCUGCGCGGUAUCGACUUGUUUCCGUACCUACGUGAACUGAUUUUAGACAACAACCAGCUAGGCGACACCAUUCAAGUGCCGCAACUGCCGCACUUGCAUACGCUGUCGCUCAACAAAAACAACAUUUGCGAUUUGGAAUCGUUACUACAGCAAAUUAAAACGAACAUGCCCAACAUGGUCUAUCUGAGCCUCUUGGGCAAUAAGGCUUGUCCGCAUCAACUAUCCGGUGAAGAAAAUGAUGAUGAAGAUUACCAAAGAUACAGGUAUUUCGUACUUCACCACUUACCCAAUUUGAAAUUCCUGGAUUCGAAAAAAGUGAGCGAACUCGAAAGACGCGAGGCCAGAAAACGAGGCAAAUACAUGAACGUAAUCAAGCCGAAACAAAUGGAAUGUGCCUCUUCGGCUGAGCUUCACACCCACUCGAAAUUCAAUCCUUUGCCCAAGUCGUUGAGGGGCCCCAACGAUUUCAAAGGCGUUUACGGAAAAUGUCGCUAUAGAUACAGCGGCAAACAAUCGGAAGGCAACAGAUUUAUUCUUAAUAAAGAUUUAUAAUACCUGUUUCUUAGCUAUUAAAAAUGAAUUAUUAUUAAGUAAACGAAAGGUUCUUGUUUCGGCAUCUGUUGGUGAAAUUG